GAUUCACUUGGACUCACCUCGUUCGCUUCAGCAGCCACCGCUUUGAAUGACUCUUCUGAGGGGCAAGCUCUUCUUUCAAUGGUCCUUUCUGGUGGAAAUUAUAGCAUUCUUGCCCCCAACAACGACGCGUUCUCAGACGCGUCUGCGCUGACAUCGGACAGCACCCUUCUGCUCGACACCCUCGCUUAUCAUAUCCUUCGAGGCAGCUUUUCUCCUUCCAACUCGAGCUCUUUGAACCUCACGAGUGCCACAUCGCCCAACCAUACCAUAGGUCGAUCUAUGUUGAAUGAUUCGACCUAUGUCACUCUAGAAGGAAACGCGUCGCAGGUUGUGGCGUGGACCAUUGAAAAUGGUGCAAUCACUUUCCUCAAUCAGGCGACCAAUGUCUCUGUUGUUAAUUCCACUCGUAUCAACGGUACGGGGCUCGCCGUAUAUGUGCUCAACGGCAUCCUUUCAAUUCCUCCUUCAAUGUCCUCGGUACUUACCAACUCCACAAACACGACCUCAAUUGCCGGGUUGCUGAACAGCACGAUGAUUCCUUCAGCGAACGGCACCAAUGAUACUAUUGGCAACAUUCUGGACGCUCAGAGAGGGAUCACCCUUUUCGCUCCUAGUAACUCUGCUUUCUCUGCUGUUUCGAGUACCUUGCCGGUUCUCGAGGGUAACCUUACUGCUUUUACCACUGUCCUACAGAACCAUAUCAUCAACGGUUCGACCUUGUACUCCAGCGAAAUUGUCAAUGGGUCCAGCAUGACCUCCGCAGCUGGUGAACCGCUCACGUUUUCGACCAACUCAUCCGGAACGUACGUCACCUCAGGUUCUACCACUGCGAGAAUUAUUAGCACGGACAUGCUCUGCAUGAACGGUGUCGUGCACGUUAUCGACAAUGUUUUCCUGAACACCGACAGCGAUAUGUCCGCUGCCAGCUCCGCGUACAACUCUGCCACCUCUGAAGCAACCAAAUUAGUGUCCGAGACUGGUGUCAUAUCGGCCACUGCGACCGGGGCCAGUGGUAGUUCGACGUCUUCCUCCUCCUCUAGUAAUGGAAGCAAAAACGGC